AUGGCGGCAGCGAGCCCCACCUCAAUCAGCAUGCAGUUGAUGAAUGGCGAUGUUCGUGUCUUAGAAGUCAUGCCAGAUACGACGAUCAGGGAGAUGAAGGAACGUAUGAAGGCCUGGCAUCCAUCUGAAGACCCGAUCACUCGGCAGCUCACCAUCGUGCAUGUGAUCCGCCCCGAGGGAAGGAAGCUGGAUGAUGAUGAGAUGGUGGUUUCAGCCUUGUCUCCAGCAGAUUUGCAGGUCCUUUUCACGAUGAACCCCGCGGUGGAGUGCACCAACAAAAGAACCUCUGGCUACGAUCGGAAGGAGCUGCGAGACGUGCGGAUCCGCGACGGAGUGCAGGUCAUGGAACUGGGCGCCUUCGCCGGCUGCACGGCGCUGCUCCGCGUGAGCGUCCCGGUGUCGGUGGCGGUGAUCGGCCCCAGCGCCUUCGCUGGGUGCACGGCGCUCGUCGAUGUGCAGAUCCCCGACUCGGUGACGCGAAUCGGCGACAGUGCCUUCUCAGGAUGCUCUUCCCUGGCGAAGGUGAGGAUCCCGGACUCCGUCACUCAGAUUGAGGAUAGUUCCUUCUAUGGCUGUAGUUCCCUCGCGCAUGUGAAGAUCCCUGACUCCGUGAAAGAGAUUCAAGCCUAUGCCUUCGCAGGGUGCAAAUCCCUGAGAAGUGUGACCAUCCCUGACUCUGUCGAUCGGAUUGGAUACCAUGCCUUCUCAGCGUGCACAUCCCUGGCAAAGGUCAGGAUCCCGGACUCUGUCACUACUGUUGAACACAAAGCCUUCUAUGGGUGCAGGUCGCUUGUAAAUGUCACGCUCCCCAACUCUGCUACUGAGAUUGGUCUUGCUGCCUUUGCAGAGUGCAGCUCUUUAACAACCUUGACGAUCCCUGAGACGGUCACUCGGAUAAGAAGAAGUGCCUUCUCUGGCUGCAGUUCUUUGACCACAUUAAUCAUUCCAGAUUCGACGUAUAUUGAAGACGAGGCCUUCCUAGGCUGUGCUUCGUUGAGCCAUCUGAAGCUACCGGAGUCUCUGAAAGAUCAGCUGGGUCGCCUCUUCCCGGACCUUCCGGACGUUCCGGCCCGCUCUGCGCCCACGUGA